GCUCGCUCGGGGUCCCAGCGGGCCGGCACUCGGCGGCGGGGGCGCGAUGGAGGCGCCGGCCGAGCUGCUGGCCGCGCUGCCCGCGCUGGCCACCGCGCUGGCGCUGCUGCUCGCCUGGCUGCUGGUGCGGCGCGGGGCGGCCGCGAGCCCGGGUCCCGCCGGCGCGGCUCCGGUGCCGGCAAGUCCCUGCGCCCCUGAGCCGGCGACCGCUCCCGGGGGACCAGGACAGCCCGAGGGCCCGGGGGAGCCCGCGGGGCUCGGGGAGCCCGUAGCAGCGCCGGCCGAGGCGGAGGAGCAGGCGGCGGAGGCGAGGCAGGAAGAGGAGCAAGACUCGGACAGUGAGAAGGACCCGCCCCCAGCAGGGCCUGAGGACGAGGACGGAGAGACGUUCUCCUUUAAGUACAGCCCUGGGCAGCUGAGAGGAAACCAAUAUAAGAAGAUGAUGACCAAAGAAGAGCUGGAGGAGGAGCAGAGAGUUCAGAAGGAGCAGCUGGCUGCCAUCUUCAAGCUCAUGAAGGACAACAAGGAGACGUUUGGCGAGAUGUCCGACGGUGACCUGCAGGAGCAGCUCCGUCUCUACGACAUGUAGCCUGCGCUGGCCCGUCUGCAGGCCGAGACGGCGUGUGCCCAGCGUCCCGGCCUCUCCCCGACCCACGGCCCAGGCACAGGCUACUUCCAGGCUUCCGCAGGCUUCACGUCAUCUCGCCAACGCAGAUGUGUAGUGCUGCAGGUUGGCUCCUUGCCGUCUGUGUGUCAUUUUAGAGGAAUCCACCUUGUUUUCUUCCAAGGAGGAAACCCCUGGCCCCCAUGGCUUCUGCUUGCUGGUGAGGUUCCUGCUGUCACUUGGGCAGUCCUCCCAGACAGUCCAACCUCCCAUGCAGACUCAGGCCAGUGGUCCAGGAGCGCUGACCCCAAGGCUCCAACCCGACCCCCAGCACAUGGUGUGGAGAGAAUUCAGAGGUGCUGUGGGGAAGGUCGUAGCAGUUCCUGCUGCUGGUGUGUCUAGUCUAACAACACUACAGCCUCAUUGUACCUUAGAAGGAUUUCUGGAAGUUUCUAUCAUGGUAGUCAGGCAGCAGGGGCAACUAAUUCAAAGACUCAGCUUUCACCCUGGGAUCCUGGAUGAGACGGUGGUGUUGGACUUAAUACCCUCUAAGGGUUUCUCUCACUGAAGCAGAGUCAUCUUACUUUAAAUAUACUUAGUUAAGAUGCGAGAACCUAUGAUACAGCGAGAACUAUACAAGACACUGCAGAUAGAAGAAAUAAAGUAUGCAACGUGGGGCUGCAGAUGUGGCUCCGUGGUGGAGCACGUGCCCAGCACGAGUGAGGCCCUGGGUCAAAGCCCCAGCACUGCAAAAACAAAAAAAGGCAACAUGACUCCCCCCUUCCAGGAAGUGACGGCUUUAGAGAAGACAGGCCUCUGUGCAGAGCAAGAGAACCUCAUCAGGCAGCAGCUGGAAAAACGCCAAGUGAUCCUGGGACGCCAGAGGGGGGCGCUCUCCCCGGAGAAGUGAACUAGAUGGAGUAGCGGUGGCUGCUUAGCACCCAGAGGUCCUGCUUCUCGCCGCUCUGGAGCCAAGUGAGUUUGGAGGGCAUGACAAGGAGCCGGCCUAAAGCUCUCAGAGUUUUUAUUUGCUAAAAUAAAACUGAACUAGCACACUAAGUUAAAGAAGCUGUGGCGUUUUUACACACCCAACUCAGUAGCCCGGGGAGGAGGGUUAACUUUCCUUUUCUCGCACGCUGGGCAUUCUUCAGGAACCUUCUCCCGCUUGUACUUCCCUUUGCUUCUAUGUGGAUGGUAUGUGCUCCGUGCCUCCUGUGAUGUCCAAACACUGAUGCUCCUU